AUGGCUUCCUUCUCUCUCCUCUUUCUCCUCACUGUAACUCUCUUAUCUUCUCCAUUUGCUUCCGCAGAAUCCACCAUAGAAUCCGUUGUAGAAUCUGUCACCGAUGAUCCUUUGAUCCGGCAAGUCGUAUCGGAUGGCGUAGAAGCCGUCGAUCAUCUGUUACACGCUGAGCAUCAUUUCUCCCUGUUCAAGGCCAAGUAUGGCAAAACAUACUCCACACAGGACGAGCACGAUUACAGAUUCUCAGUGUUCAAGGCUAAUCUGCGCCGUGCCAAGCGCCACCAGCUGAUGGACCCCUCCGCCGUCCACGGUGUCACCAAGUUCUCCGACCUGACACCCUCUGAGUUCAGGAAAUCACACCUGGGGCUCCACAAGCGUCGUCUCAAGCUCCCCGUUGACGCUCACAAAGCCCCAGUUUUGCCUACCAACGAUUUGCCGACGGAUUUUGACUGGCGCGACCAUGGCGCCGUCACCGGCGUUAAAGAUCAGGGAUCCUGUGGAUCGUGCUGGUCGUUUAGUACAACCGGAGCGCUGGAAGGCGCACACUUUUUAUCGACUGGAGAGCUUGUCAGCCUCAGUGAACAGCAGCUUGUGGAUUGUGAUCACGAGUGCGAUCCAGAGGAAUAUGGUUCAUGCGAUGCGGGUUGUAAUGGCGGAUUGAUGAAUAAUGCUUUUGAGUACACUCUCAAGGCUGGUGGACUUCAAAGAGAGAAAGAUUAUCCUUAUACAGGGACUGAUGGAACCUGCAAAUUCGAUAAGAGCAAAAUUGCUGCAUCCGUAUCUAACUUCAGUGUGAUUUCCGUUGACGAAGAUCAAAUUGCUGCAAAUUUGGUGAAGCACGGUCCUCUUGCAGUUGGAAUCAAUGCAGUUUGGAUGCAGACAUAUAUAGGAGGAGUUUCGUGUCCAUUCGUUUGUGCACACAAUUUGGAUCACGGGGUUCUUCUGGUUGGAUAUGGUGCUGCUGGUUAUGCUCCUCUACGGUUAAAGGAUAAACCUUACUGGAUUAUAAAGAAUUCUUGGGGAGAAAAUUGGGGAGAGGAUGGUUACUAUAAGAUCUGCAGGGGUCACAAUUAUUGUGGGGUUGACUCAAUGGUCUCAUCUGUGAAUGCAGCCCAUAUUAUUACUCAGUAG